UAGAACAUAACCUAUAAACUUUAAAGUUUUACUUUAUUUAUUUAUGAAAAACUUAAUAAUAUUGAAUAAUUAUAUGUAAUGGAUGACUCAAGUACAAGUGAAAAAAGACCACAGUUUGGGAAUCGCAUCUUGGAGAAUGUUGACGAGGUCUUCAAACAUAACGCGUGGGACAAUGUCCAGUGGGAUGAGGAUCAGGAAAAAGCGGCCAAAGAGAAAGUGGAACUGAACUCUAAAGUGACAUUCUCUGAAGAUCGCCUAAAAGAUUUGGAUGUAAAUGCUGACAAACAUUGGGAUGCUUUCUAUGAUAUUCAUCAAAACAGAUUCUUCAAAGACCGCCACUGGCUAUUCACUGAGUUUCCUGAACUAGCCCCAGAUUAUACUGCAGCACCUCAAAGAGUUUAUGCAAAUGAUAACGAUAAUAAAAUUUCAGAGAUUGAUAAACCUGCUGUUCCAAAUACUGAUUCAAAAAGAUUAAUAUUUGAAAUUGGCUGUGGUGUAGGAAAUACAAUAUUCCCAAUUUUGCAAUACAGUACUGAUCCGAACUUAUUCAUUUAUGGGUGCGAUUUCUCAUCAAAAGCAAUUGAAAUAAUGCAGCAAAAUGAACUAUAUGACACCAAGAGAUGCAAUGUGUUUGUAUUGGAUGCAACUAGUAAGGAAUGGGAGGUGCCGUUUGAAGAAAACACAUUGGACAUUAUUGUCUUGAUAUUUGUACUAUCUGCCAUAGAUCCUUCAAAAAUGCAAAUUGUCAUCAACAACAUUUACAAAUACUUGAAACCUGGUGGUUUAGUUGUGUUUCGUGACUACGGCCAGUAUGACCUUGCACAGCUAAGAUUUAAGAAAGGACGCUGUAUAUCUGACAACUUCUAUGCCAGAGGAGACAACACUAAAGUGUACUUUUUUACUCAAGAGGAAGUGGCAAAAUUAUUUAAAGAUGCUGGGUUUCUGGAAGAACAAAACUUGAUUGACAGGAGACUCCAAGUGAAUAGAGGGAAGAUGUUGACCAUGUACAGAGUUUGGAUACAAGGAAAAUAUAGAAAACCGUUAUAGUUUACACAUAUUUCAUUAUAUUGGUAAGAUGUACAUAAUUUCAUUAAAACGUAUACAAAUUAAGAAUAAUUGAAA